UCGAUAAUUGCGUGUGAUUAUAAACAAGGUGAGAGCGGCGAGAUUUAUUUGGGGUUUCCUUCCUCGUUCUGUUCAGUAUUAUUGGACUUCAAGCAUUGGUAAGCAUGUUAAUUUUUCUUUUAUUAGUUAUUAGUUUUGGUUGUAGCACUAAUUUACUGGGUUGCUGGGACCCUUUUACGGCGUUUCCUACCGGUUAUGGCGCCGGUAAUAAGCUUAAAUGAAAUGAAAUUACGUGCGCUCUGUAGCGUACAGCGAAUGGAUUUAUUUAUCCAACUAUAACUUGGGUUCAAUAGUAAAUAACCUCAGACAUAAGCUUAUAAGGAACUAAUAAGCUAUAGGCAGCUCCUGUUCGAGUAGAAACGCUCCUGAAAACAAAGAAAGAUCUCUACCUUAGAAAAUGACAAACAUCGAUCAGAUGAACUAAUUUUAGUAAUGACGAAGAGGCAAACCGCGGAGCAAGCAAGCGAGCAGCCCACACGAAAACUAAACUAGACGACGUACAAAUUAUUUGUUGUUAUCAUGUCGUUUUCAGCCGGAAGUUUCUCACUGAAUUGAAAAUCAGUGCGUUUAUUAAUUUAUAGUCACCUCGCUGAACGAUCUUGUGGUCUUCAUUGUCAUGUCGUUUUAAGUUUAGUGAGGCAGGCUGAUUUGUCGGAUGUGUACUGCUGUAUGGACUAGCUGUUGCCCGCGUUGCAAGCGUUGUUUCCCUUCCCCACUCGCUUUAACGGACUCUUGAAGUUCGAUUUCACUUGAAUAUGCCAUUGGACAGAGUAACUGUCAAUUAACUCUUCUCUUAACUCGACCUAAUUUCACUUCCUCCUGUGGGCCAAUUUUCAGUCCUUGAGAAAAAGAAAUCUCUGUGCAUUUUCUUCCUUUUGUGAAGUUUUUGAUGUGCCUGUCAUCGGCUGUCUGGUGUGGAUGCAUGGUCGAGGCUGGGGGGCAAAUACAACUUAACUAGUAUGAGGACUUUUUUGGGGGGGGGCACUCCCUUAUAUAGCAUGGGGAUGUGCUGCUGAACAUUCUGUGGUUUUUGACCUCUCUGUCCUAAACGUGGUAUAUAUAAUUUCAUGAGUCCGUCAACAGGAUAUUGCCAGCACGAUUGAUAUGAUUUGCAAAAUGGAUUUUGUCUGUACCCCAAGCAUACAAAAGCAAUGACUAUGACGUGAAUUUGCUUUGUAACAAUUGCCAAUAAAUGGCUUUAAAGCACUACAGUGUUCCUUUUGUCAUUUGCCCUAAACGGGGAAAUGAAAUUGAGGGCAUUGUCCUAAACAGGGUAUGCAUUUUGGGAACUUUUUGUCCUAAACAGGGCCAGGGUUUCAAACUGUCAGCGGCUCACCUUGAUACCCAAGUAUUGGUAGAGUACCCCAAGGAGGAGGGGGGGGGGGGGUUUGCCAGGCAUUUUUACCCUGGAGUUGGAGGAAAUGAGGGAGGUUCUAUUUCCAAAAGCUGUACACAGAGGGGAAAAUGGGACUUGGUAAAGGAAAAAGUCAAGGACAUGAAAACCACUGUGUAGGAGAACUUGGGUUCACGUUUCUUCUCGUGAAAUUAAAUGCAGAUUGGAUAAGUUGAGGUAUUGUUAUGGAAAUGCCUUUCAAUCAUGUUAUUCCUUAUAUUUGCUACUCUCAAUGCGCCUUGAUUUUAUGCUGCUCAAUAUGAUCCCCAUUUCAAAGAGACAGGGGGGUUGUAACUUUGAUAGCUCUGUGUACCUCUAUGAAUGGAAAAUAAAGAACUUUGACAGUAACCUUGGCAAAUUCCCCUCCCUUACCUGGGGAUCAAGUAAUGCGAAUUAAACUGGGAUCAAUAUAACGGUCAAACAUAACUCUUCUGCUCUCUGUGAUAAAACUAAACUUCGUUUUGACAUGAAAUUAAGCCCGCCCAUUUUAAGACCUGCAUGGCUAUACUAAAAUCCAUUCCCUUUUUUAGAGUCCUGGAUAAUUUUUUUUCCGGAGUAUCAGUCACAAACAUGACAUAUAUAUUUAUACAGGUAUAAAUAAUUAUGUCGUCAUCGCUUAGAUUAGGUUGACUGCCAACAGAAAAAAUUGAUUAAUAAUAUUGUUAAAAUUUAGUUUGAAUGAUAUAUUUCAGUUAUAUUUACUCUUUCUAAGUUGAAAUGACAAAUACCAUUACAUUGUACACACUCUUGUGGGCUCCCUUGAUAACAUUACCCAAUUUCAGACUAGAAUGAGCAAAAUCCAUACCUGUUUUCCAACCUAAAUGGCUCAAAAACCAAUCCUUUGGCCAUGGGCGGCACAUACAUGGCUCAUAUAAAAGGGAGUCCUCCCCCUGGGGAAGUGAGGUACAGCACUGGUUCAAUAUAGGUCGAGUGGCAUGACUUUUAUUAUCUUUAAUGUUUCAUGGGACUGCAUGAUAUGGUAGUGCGAAGGGUUUUACCUCGUCUUUCAGUUUGAUGGUGUUUCCAUCUUCUAUCAGUCACAGAGGAUCACAGAUCACAAACUGUGUUUUGUGGUUGUCACUGGUCAGCUGUGAAACCCUGCUAUACACAUUGUAAUAAGGAUAAGGGUUUUUUUGGCAACCAUGCCUUGAAGGGGCUGUGGUAUAUGCUUUAAUUUUCAACAGAAUGAUAUUUGCUAUCAGUGAUUGAUAAACUUUCUCUUUUAAACCAACUCAUUUUUACAUUGCUCCAGAAGUUAAGGACUGUACUUGUCUAUGGGCUGCAGCUUUGUCUGACAAGUGACUUUGAGAAAUAAUGCAUAAUUUCAGAAUUACUUUGGCAUAAGCACCAAUGUCCCGCUUGAUUGUUACUGGUUUCUAACUCUGUUAGACUGUGGCUGUAUGAAGUUUUUAUCCUCUGAAAGACGAUGUGAAUUAACUUUGAAAAUUGGUUGCCUUAAAUGCCACCACGGUAAUUUGCUGCAGGUGUGCAUGCUCUUGUUAAUCUCAUGAUUAUUAUGGUCAUUCUUGAUAUUAAUGUAAGUUGUUUAAUAUAAUUACUAUCAUUAUACAUUCAUGAUUAAUUUUGAUAAUGGCUUUAAUUCCUCGUCUAUACUUCUUCAUAACCAGCUGACACUGACCGAAAAUUAAUUUGGAUGAUGUUUGGAUAAUAUUAUUCCAUCAUUGAUGCAUGCAGUCUGAAUGAUGUCAAAUGAUGGAAUAAUCGCAAAGUAUCAAGUAUCUUUAAUUGACGACUCAUGCCAGACCACAGGACAUGGAUAAAACACUUAAAAUGGACAUAAACAUCCAUUAUUAAGUGUACAUACCUCAUAAAGAGUUGAGUCUGUAACUUGUUUUCUGACAGUUUCCGGCCCUAUAAAUGCCAUUUUAGCAAUUACUUUUGAUGUUUUUAGUUAACUCAGCUGUCUUACUCAGCCUGAAGAAAAAGCUCCAAAAUUACCUUUAUUCUACUCCAGUCACUCCAAAACUUCACUUGAGUCUAGACUGAAGAUUUUCCUUUCUUGAAAAUGUCAAUUUAGUUCCAAACAUCGAGCCAUGGCAUGAUCAAGAGGACGAGAAAUGUAGCAUUAAAACUAGACGCACAUAAACUGCGUAAGCUCAGACUUCACAGUUCCAUAUAAAAAAGUUCAAAUGAGAAAACUUCACCUAAGAAAGUCCUCAAAGGCAACAUCAGUCGAAAUACAACACUCUGUAUGCAUAAACACCUGAAAAUGAUGCUUGCAUGACUAUCUAGAACAUUUUAGAUUUACAGUAAUUGUAUAGUACGUAGAGUUCAUAGAAGCAAAGGAUAAUAAAAUCACUGACAUCAAAGCAGAGCAAAGAGCAAGAACGUAGUUACACAAAUGCUAAUUAUUUGAAGUACUCAAUUCAUUUUGUUUCUUCUUCUGCAAAGCAACUAAGCUUAAAUAUGGAGGCAUUUGUAAUUAAUAAUUAUCUUCAAAAACCUCUUUUAUGAGUUGAUCAAAAACACUCUGUUCAAAUUCUGUUGGUAGCUAAUUAAGGGAACGCGUCCAAAUAUCGGUAGGCAACCCGAUCAUGGGAAACGGACCCGAUUAAUUUUCCGAUUGAUCGGAAUCGGUACCUAUCUGUAGGCACUAGUUGCCGUUUCCGAUAAUGAUAAAAACUUUGCCGAUUCAAUCGGAGCCAGAAACAUUCCGAUGUGGAUAAUGGGGUAUCACAUUCAUCUGAUAAGGAUAUGUGACUCUGCAAACAUGUCACGAAACCAAAUAAUGAAAGAGUCAUUUCACUCAACAAAACAGUCUUUAAAACUUGCUUUGUUCUCAAUAGUAAAAUAAUUAUAACAAUACUUCAGUAGAUGUUUUUUCGCCUUAUAAGUUGGUUCGAAGAUGUCUACAAGGCUGUUCGACGAUUUGUUUUCUGUCAGCCGAUCGGUAAUUGCUUACAAACUUUUCCACGCUGUUCUAACAAAAUGUAGAGCGAGUCAUAUUUCGAAACCUCUCAUAAAAAUUCGUGACUGCCUAGCGGCCAAAUACAGUCCAAAGCGGAAAUGCCAAGCAUAAGCUGUAAUAAAAUUUAUAACUAAGAAUAAUUCAAGAAUAUUUUCAACUGAAAACCGACAGAACAAUAAGAAUAUUCAGCGUAGGCCGGUAAAACAACAUUCUUAUAAUAGAUUAUAUAUAAAAUAAGUGUACUAACUUGCUGUUUAUUUACAAAGCUUAUUCAAACUUGUAGUUGUCACCUGUAUAACUAUAACUUGUAAACAUUGCUUUCAAGCUAGUUUUGUAUUUUGUAUUUUGUUUCACUUGCAAUUAAAAGUUUAUCAUAAUUCAAUUCACUUCUGAUGAGCUGAAAAUAUAGGGAACGGCGUUUUCAAGUUGCUUCUGCCUACGUAUCCAAUACGUAUCGCACGUCGCAAGCCGGAUCGUUAAAAGCAGUUUUCUUUCCUUUCUUUAACUCGAGUUAAUACAUUUUAUAGAAAGCUUUGUUUUAUCUCGUUUCAGAAAAGAGCGAAAAAUUAGUUGUUUCUUUUAAAAAAUUCGGAGCGUCAACGGAAUGUGCAAUCAACGUAACAAUGAAAGAUCCAGUGAGUUUGACUCGACGAGAGAAGUUUACAAGCAAAUAAACAACUUGCCUGAUUCUAGCCGGUUCAAGUUCGCUCCUGUACACGCAAUGUCAUGAAUGCCUGAUCUGACAGUAUUCUGUCCCCUAUUUUCUUGGCUAAACGAUUUUAAAAUUCCUCCAGCAAGGAUUCUUCAAUCACGCGUUUUGGAUUCUAAGGUCGUAAAUGCAUUCAGCGCGCUAUCUUUCGCUUAAAGAUGCUCGAUACAAAAAUUCUUCAUCUUGUCUGGUAUUGUCUUCCAGAAGAACUCUUCGAUGAAGGCAUUUGUCGCUAAUUUUUUUUGAAACAAUACACAUUUCAGAAAGACAAGAUACAAUACGGCGAUAAACACUUGGUCUUACCCAGCCUGUUUGUGCAUUGAAAACUCAAUCAUUCACGCUUUGCUUUUGUUGACAUAAACAUUGCCCUAUAUAAUUUUUGUCAGUAACGUAGCGUGACCGACGAUUUCAACCCUUUGACAAACGCUGACAGAUGUAAGUCAAGAUUUGAUGAAUUCUGUUAAUUGGCCCGAUGAAGAAUUUUGAACGGUGCCGAUUCCGUUUCAAUCGGUACCGAUAAUAUCGGUACCGAUUGAAAACGGAAUCGGAAAAAAUCGGCACCCGAUUGAUCGGCAUCGGCGUGACCCGAUGCCGAUAUUUGGACCCGUUCCCUAAUACUACUUUGAGAAGGCUUCUUGAAAAGGUACAUGUGGAAGAGUUUAAUUUGUCAGUAAACUGGUCUCGUAAAGUCCAUCGCUAGUUGAACUGAACCGUUCGCUUGCCAUCUUUUACUGUAGUAUACCUCACCAAGUGUCACACCUGAGGCGUGAUUGUCACGCCUGCAGAUCGAAAACUUGGAUCUCACACCUACUCAUGCACACCUGUGUUCCAAUUUGUCGUGCCUGGUAGAAAAGUUUGAGCCAUUACAGCAUUAACUGACACAUUUUGAAAAAUGUAUUGAUUAUUUAAACAAACCAGAACCAAAGAGAGAAAAGAAAAGUCUAUGUGCACGUGGAUGAUCGACUUUCUCCGAAUUCUCUUUUUUCAGUAGGGAAGUCAAUGUUCCUUUGUGUUCCUGUGUUUGUGUUAGACGGAACUCUUCGUAACAUCUUCAGAAGUCUUCGGAACGUCUUCAGACAUCUUCGGAUAUUAUCGGACCCCUACGAAAAAUCUUGGCACUCUUAAGAUAAAAAAUGUCACGCCUAUACAUGUAAAAAGGUUGGCAGGUAUACUGUAGGCCUAGACUGAGAUAAACAGUGUGUGCAUUUGGUAUAAAGAUUUUGUGUAUUAACAAAUGACAGAAUUCAUUCUUGUGAUCACUGAAUUUUAUACACCAAUUACAGAUGGCUUUGCUCACUUCAGCAGGCGAGUUGCUGGUUUAGUCUGCUGGCCUAUUUCCAGCAUACUCUUAUCUUAUAUCUAGCGCAUACAUGUACACUGUAUGCACUAUGAGAGAGUGAUUUGUGGCAGCAAAAAAGUGAAGCCCAUUUUUUAGCUUGGCUGUUCCCAUGGAAAUGCUUGAACAAAAAAUUGAACUUAGCACUCCGCGGAACUGCUCAGCUUCUUCGUAGUGUACUACCAAUGACCAUUGCUCUUGGUGGCUUACUGUAGCCACGCUACACAUUCCAAAUCCCCUCAACUGCGUAGGGACCCAUUUUUUAUUCUUUGGCGGUCAUUAUUGUCUACAUGCAUGCACAUCUACAGUCAACUCUCUCUUAACGGACACCUGUAUAAGAUGGGCACCUCUGUAAAACGGACACUUAGAGUUGGUCCCUGCCUUUCUUUACUCCCUUUAUUUGACUCUCUAUAAGACGGACACCUCUGUAAAACAGACACUUAGAGUUGGUCCCUGCCUCUCUUUACUCCCUUUAUUUGACUUUCUAUAAGACGGACACCUCUCUAAGAUGGACACUUAGUGCUAGUUCCAAAGGUGUUUGUCUUAGAGAGAGUUGACUGUAUUACUGUGUUGAUUAGUUCGAUGUAUAACUACACUAUUAACCAUUACCCUUAAGAAAAAGACUCAGAUUUCCAGGUUUCGGUUUAAGAAGUUAAGUUCUCAUUCCUCAGACGUUUUGGGGACAUUUCUGUACAAGAUUAUAGUCGGGUACACAAGUAAAAUUUUUUCACCACAAAUUCAUAACGCGCGUUACCUAAUUAAGUGCACUUCCAUAAAUGAACUGUAACAUAGAAUAGCUAAUGAUUUUGUCAAUAAAACUACCAGUAAUUGGCAGGGCAAAGUAAACUGUCAUUAUUUUUUUAGAAUAAAUAUACCACUCCAUUAACUAGGUUGACUUAAAAAUUUCAACCUUGCUGUCCAACUUUCAUAAGCGACCACCUCCUGUAAGCGACCACAGAGCCUUCCCAUUUUGUGUGGUUGCUUACGGGAGGUUCGACUAUAGAUAGAAAAUCAAGGUAAGAAAACAUGUUUUGCAUCCUACUUCACAGACAAGUUGUAUCAGCUUUGUUGGGCAUAAAUGUUUUUUUAAUGGGUGAUUUAAAUGCAUUGAAGCACUGUUUUUUGCUGUCAAAACUGUGGUUAUUUUCCUGAAAGAUAUCUUUGAAUUCAUGUUCAAUAAGGCUUGAUCAGCUUUCAACAGCACUUGCUGGUGGAAGUUCCAUGGGAAUAAGGCUUUAAGUGUCUCUGUCUGAGAAAGUGUUCCAGGGGCCGAAAGUUUACUGGUCAACCGAUUUAGCUGAAACUUGGCACAAGUUAUGUGUGAAGAGAAAACCCACUUUGACUCGCUUCUCUGACUUUUAGUUUUGGAGUUUCAGAGGGGUCUCAUUUUUUGGCCUUUGAGCACCAAAAAUCCAGCCUUCCAGGGGGGGCAUUUUGAAAGUGCCGUAAAACCCAAUGGUAAAUUGUGCUGCCAAAUGAAUUUGACCAUGAACUCUACUAUAACAGAGCUUUCAGUUCAUGCAUGUGCUUUUGUCCUCAAGGUAUUGGACAGAGAGGAGCGUGGGGCUAGAGUUUGGCCAAAAUGGUGCCAAAAUAACAACCCCUUAUAUUAUUAUGGUUUAUUGAAUUUUUGAAAAAAAAAACACUCUUCCUCUAACGCGAUGCAAAAUGGAAUGCUUGGAGUAAUACGUAGAAAUAUGACAUGGAACUGACUAUAAAUCAAAGAAAAAUUUAAGCAUCUGGUAAAAAUAUUGUUAUAACUAGGUCAGAACAUCAUCAUUAGUGUUCUAUGAUGGGUACUAGGUUUUCAAAGGAAAAAAUUGCCCAAAAUCAGGGUGUUUGUUGUGUUAAUCAGAGGCUUUUUAGAGCAAUUAUUAUAAGGUAAGAGUCGUGGUAUUUCUAAGCAACGAAACUGAUUUGGCUUUAACAGGGCCUACUCUGGGACCUUAAGUCGCCGUAACUUAGGCAACUUUAGGAAAAUCUGUUCAAAUUUGGGCGAUUUAAUGCGACUUUAGGCAACUUCAGGUGACCUACAAUGAUGCAAUGUCACAUAAAAGAUAAGAGAUUACAUGUGCCUGAGUACAUUAUUCCCUGGGGCGGAUCUAGGGGGAGGGUGCAGGGGGUGCACACCCUCCCCUGGGAUGACCUGCGGUAUUCUAAUAGAAUUGGUAUUCUGCAAAAAAAAUAAAUAACGAUGUGGUUUAUUGGUGUUGAAGUAGAGCAAGAGACGAGUGCACCCCCUCCUACAAAAAAUCCUGGAUCCGCCCCUGAUUCCAAUGCACCUCUGUAAAGGAGAGACCUGGUUUGUAAAAAAAAAAACUCUGAGCUGAUAUUAAAGUGUCUAUCUUCAUAAUUUGACAACAAACAUUAAAAUGGUUAAUAUUAAAUCACUUAUCAAUAUUGCAAAUUGUGGAAAUGACGAUCCCCAUUGUAUGUCGUGGCAAGUGCUCUGCCAAUGUUUGUCCUCAUACAGUCAUCCAUGUACGUUUGGCAAAUAAAAGAAAGUGUUUUUCCAAUUGCAUUCGGAUACAAGCUUAAAGUUGGCCUUUUUCGCCACAAUAUAUUGCUCCUUUCCUACCUCAAUCAAAGAAAAAACUCCAAUAUUGCCAAUACUUGCUUUGCUCGUGAACCGCACUCGCUUUCCAUAAAUUCCACAGUCUCUUUGGAAACUCUCCAGUCGGGUUGAUUUCAUGAAUCUGCAUGAAUACAUUACCAGCAAAAACACAACCAGCCUAGCUUUGUUCCGCGCGGCAGCGUUUACGCUGUCAGCAUAAAAAGAAGCGUUCAUGUUUAAACCGAUGGCAGUACCAAGUGUAAACGUUGCCAUUAUAAUCUAGGAAAUUUCCAGUUAAAGGAGACAUACCCAAAAGGAAAACGUAACAACAAGCCGCCAUUUUGAAUCUCCCAGAAUUCCUCUACAGUCCAUUGUUUCUCGUCCCCGCCCUCGCCCCGCCUCCAGACCAGCUUGUCAUGUGAUCAAAACACCACAGUUUCAGCCGGCCAAUGCUGGGUGCAUCAUUUCGCGUUUCUACCUUCUUACUUACGUUUAAUGGUCGAUUACAUCAAAUCGUUUGGCAGGGAGCAAUCACGACAACAUAAACAAAACCAUUUUACGCGCCUUCGAUGUACAGAAUUGUUUUUACGAGUGUUUGGUUGGAACCUUACACCUGGAGACAAAGCUUGAGUUUAUAUCUGUCUGGAAGGGAAAUUCUAAAGAGACGACUAUAUAAGCUAAGUGUUCAAGUAUAUAAGAGUGAUUGUGCGUAUGACUGAUAGAUGGAUAUAAUUCGACGGUAAAUACAUAUCAGAGGUUGUGUGCUGAAGAAAUGAAUUUCGCACUAACCCUCCUCGCGUGGGUUAUCUUAACCCAGCUAAUUGAACAACCCGUCCCAGGUACUGUUAAAAAGCAAACAGUUGACAAAGUUUUAGAUGUAAUCAUAAAUUUUAUUUAAUAUUGGGAAUUUCACAUGUAGACAAUUACUGAAAUUUACUAUAAAAUGCCGGAAACCGUUACUGACAAGUCUUCUUAACUUGUGUUAAUGUUAAAGAACGACCCAAGACCACAUUUUUGUGGUGAAUGCCGGGGCACAAUGAUUGUGUUUAAACACUGGUACACUGACACUACACUUCUCAAUUUCACACGUUUCAAGGGAAUCAUCAAAGCCUUCAAUGGAGUGUGUGUGCGGCUCACGUCAAUAACUUUUCCAGGAAUUUGGUCGAGUGUAUUGAUUUCAGUGGCUUGAGUGGCGCUACUGUGGGCUGGUCACGUUUUUUCUAAUAAAUAACAUAGAGCUAAAAUGUCCGUUUGUCCAGUACCGAAAAUAUCACAAGUCAUGAUGAAAUGGUGCCACCGAGCUUCACAUCUGGGUAGAUUUACUUUGUGGGAUAACGGCCGCCACCGAGCUUCACAUCUCUGAAGAUUUACUUUGUUGAAUAACGGCCGCCUAGCUAGACAACUCAGUAGAUUUACUUUGUGGCACAACAGACGCUGAGCCUCACAACUCGCCGGUAAAUUUACUUUGUGGCACAACAAACGUUGAGCUAAACAACUCGGUUUGAUGCAUGCACCAGGAGUAGCAUGCAUUUUCCAAAGAAAAAUGUGAAGGCUUAAUCCAAAGUAAAAUUUUACUCAGGGUGUAAACUUUCUGUACACUUUUGAAAGAUGAACGCUUUGGAAGAUUCAUUAAACACAGAUUGAUAGUAGACCUUCAGCAAACUCUUAAAUAUGUACGCUUUACAAAGAUUCACCACACUUUUAAAAGAUGAACGAUUUAUGAAGACAGAAUAGCAGACCUCAGCAAACGUUUGAAAGAUGAACGCCAAGGACAAACGAAUCAUCACGCGAGUUGGCAUGUGAAAGUGAGGGGAAACGUAAGCAAGCGCCUCAAAGCGAGGCAAAUGUGUGUCGACGACGAUGACAAAUGCAAUCUCGAGAAAACCUCCCUUAUUAAUUGCACAGGACACCCAAUAAUUCACAGAGCACCCAACACAAUUAGGGGUUGUGUUCUCGUACCUCGAACGCAAUGAUUAGUUUAACAUUAGGGUGUGUUGUUAGCUGACGUGGUGCAAUAGAUAUCGCCUUGCUCUUACACGCCAAAGGUCUGGGGUUCGACUCCCGUAGGAGGAAAACUCUUUCUUUUUUCUUCGUCGUUUUGUUUUGUUACACUUUUUUAAAAACAAAUUUUCAUUUAAUAACAAUUAAUUAUUAAUCCAGACUAUUGACAGAAAGAGAACCAUUGAUUCAAGUACAUAUGUUUAGUAAGUUUUGAGCUGUAUUGUAGUAUAUAUUAUAUUGCUGUAUGUCUUGCCUGUUCUAGAAAAAAAGAGAAGUUGACUCAAAUAUGAGCUUAUUUGUAAAAAGUGUAAGCCGGUUUAAAAAAUGUGAAAAUGGAAUCUUAACUUUCACAACAAACACAGAAUUCAGGGAAAAUUGAGACUUAUUUUACAAAAAGAUCAUCUAAGUGCCUAAAAGAAUUCUUUUGCAUUGAGUGAAAAUUAAAAUUAUGGUGUCUAACAAUUUUAUGGAAAUCCAGAUGGGUGGGGGGUCCUUGAACUUGGAAAUCCUGAGGGGAGGGGGCGUUCAAGCAGUUUUGGAAAUUCAGGUGGAAGAGGGGGUCAAAAACCGUUCUUGGCGUCGUAGGGGUGUUGAUUUUUUCUGGAAUAACCCAUUGUUGAUUUCUUUUGUCUGUUUAUUUGUUUUUUUUUUCUUUUCCCAACUGGCUUCUUUCCCUCUUGUCCUUCUUCUGUGGCCAUAAGCUAGCCUCUAAUGUGCGAGGUUCGACAAUUCACUUAUAUUUUCUAUUUAAUUUUAUUUGGUUGUGUGUGUAUGUUUUUCUAAACUUGGGGUUGGGUUGGAAGAUAAUGCAGUACUUGGUAAAUAAAUGAGGUACUGAAUACAAUUAUGCACUAUUAACUAAUUUAGUUUCUGUGAAUCUCUUUGGGACAUCAAGGUGCAUAUAUGAACUCCCACUGUUUCUUAAUGAUGGUAAAUGUUUUAUUACAAUAUGUUUUUCCUCUGCUUGUCACAGUUAAGUGAUUUAUAUACCUUAAGUGACAAAUUGUUUUCCAUAUUUCUCCAGGUAGUGUACGGGGAACUGCCUCACUCUGGUCAUGUCUAAGAAAGGCAACACACCACCUUCAGACCUUAAACUCUUCCUUGAAGAUUUUCUUCAACACUCCAAAUGCACUGGGGAGCGUUCACAAGGAGCUCACCACGUUCAGAAUUUUGGAAGUUCUCCGGAUGUAGCUGAAGAAAUAAAUGAAAUGACGCUGAAAUUAAUACUAUCCCAUGUUCAGCAUCAAAGUGUGAAAUCUUGGAGUGACACUCAAGAUAAGUUUCUGGUAAUUACUCAUCAAGAAGAUGAGAGCUCUGAUGUAAUCAACUUUCUUUAUGCCUUAAUUGCGUGUGCUUCCCAAAAAGGUGCUACAAAAAGUUUGGAAGAAGUACUAACAAUUGCAGUUCGGUACGAAGAGCAACCCAGUGCUGGCUUUCUGAUGAAUAACCUUGGUGUGAAGUUAAGUGAGCGUGGAUCACAUGAGAAGAGUAAUGAGUGUUUUAAUAUUGCCAAGAGGUGUUUUCAUCGCCAACAAGACAACUUGGGAAAAGCGGUUGUUACUUUGAAUCUAGCAGUUCUCCACAGAGCCUUGGGGGACUAUAAAAGUGCACAGAGUCUCUCUGUCACUGCAGCCUCCUUGUGUGACAAUGUCUGGUUAGGAACAACAAAAGAUAGUCAUCUUCCAGAGAAGCUUUUAAGAAGAAUUUUUAAUAUGCUGCAAGAGUUUGGAGAGUAUGAGACAUUAUGUAAGACUUUUAAGAUUUUUGUUGAAUUUGACAAAUUUUGUGGUGUAAGUAAACCUACUUCGAUGGUUUUAACAAAGCAGUGGAUGAAACUCCAACUUAGGGAGGGAACUGGUGAAAAUGUUCCAGCUGAAGAAGUGAAAGAGUUUAUUCUUCAGUUGUUUGCCCUGUUGGAUAAGCCAGAUGCAGAGGUGAUGAAUAUUGAUUUCAUACAAACCAUUAUCCUUGUAGCAAAGUUUCAUCACGAUAGUGGUCAUAAUGAUGAAGUCUGCCAUUUAUUAAAGAAGCUGCAGAAGGUUGUCUAUCUUAAUCUUGGUGGAGAAAGUUCUCUCUAUGGCUUGCUGUUAUACCGAAUUGGUUGUUUCAAGUUUGCCUGUGGAUUGUUUGAUGAAGCUUUGGAUGCACUCAAACUUGCAUUGGAAAUUCUAAGCCUUCAUUUUGGGCAAGGACACCACACAAUUGCAUCAUGCAUGGAUGUCAUGGGUUCUUGUUUCUUGCUAAAGAGUAACACCAGAGAAGCGUGGAGGUGUUUGAAUGAAGCCCUGGAAAGGUACAGAAAGCUAAAUCCUAACCAUCCAGUAUUGGGAGGAAUUCUUCUGAAACUCUCAUUUUUUCAUAUUAAAGAGGAAAAGUUUCAGUGUGCCCUUGACACCAUGCAAGAAGCCUUAGACGUGUUCAUCUCAGCUUGUGGUGAACUAUGUGUUGUGACAGCCACCGGAUAUUUCCAGUCAGCCAUGGUCUUGUUGAAAGAUGAAGCAGUGUGUUGUUUAGCCGAGGAAAAAUUGAUCAAAGCUAUUGACAUCUUCGAAAAGCUAGGACUGAAAUGCCCACAUGCUCAUGUCAUUGCUUGUCGCAGUUUACUUGGUGUCUUGCAACUCUCUUUGAGGAAAAGUGAAGAGGCAGGAAAGUGUUUCUUGGAUAUUGAACGGCAGCUAGAGUUGAAGUGGGACCGCUGGAUUAAAUCCAGAAUUUUUUUAUUUCCUUCAGUCAGUUUAUUAGUGUCAUCGCUAACAGCUGGUCUAGACAGAUCUUUUGAUCUCUGUGCCAAGGUUGUGUCUCUUGUGAAUCUGGUACAGAUGAAGACUGGCAAUGAAAGACACAAGCAUCUUGAUGUCCUUGUUAAUUGCUUGCAAGAACAGAAAAUAGAGGAAGUACAUGUAAGGGAUUUUGCAGGCCAAGACGUGUGUUAUAUGUCACACAGACCGCCUGAAACUGAUAGAGCUGUAGUUCUCAUUUUAUCCACAGACCCAAAGCCAAUCUCUUUGAAGGCCAAUGAAGGGUUGAACUCUCAUUCAGUGCAUGAUGCAAUACAAUCACAUGCCCGAAAUGAGUCUGGUGUGUUCUUGUCAUCUGCAAAAAAGAAACAUUUUGUCCUGUUUUUGAGGUUUCCACGUAACAUUCAAGAUGAUGCUAAUUCCUUGGCUUGUUCCCUCCAUAACUGUGCUAAAAUGCUGUUUCUGCAACUAAGAUCCAGAAAAUAUUUCGUGGAGGCAGAUGAAGAUUUCUACAGGGAGCUUACAGUGCCAAUACAUGAUAUGUCUUCCAUUCGUGGGCUGAUUGACUGCCUUCCACUUCUUGUAGCAAUGGAACUUUCAGAACUAACGGAAUGUGAGAACAUCAGUUGCUCAAAUUCUUGGGAAUCUCCAGUGAGAUCUGUCAAACCUUUGCUGCUGAUCUGUUACUCCUCCUUUGAAUGUUCCAACCAGCGCGAGGCGGAGCUUGUGUUUGGUCAUUUAAGCCACAGAUUAGAAGAAAACCUAGCUGUAAAGAAGGGUUAUGGUGUUAUUUCCCCGAUGCACAAUGCCGCCUUCCUUGUGGUUACCAACCUUAAAAAAUCCUCGGUAUCUGUUGUUGUGGAGAAUAAUUUUGUUGUUGUGAAAUGCUGCAGCUCCAAUGAAUCUGAUUUAGAGUCUGUUUGUUCAUUAAUACAAAAUGCUCUGCAAAACCCAGUACAAAGUUUGUGUGAUGUUAUUGGGUUGAACAUUAAACAAUCUUCAUGGUUUUCUUAUAAUAAUAUUGCCACAUCCAAGAUGCAAUUUUCUGUUGAAGAUUUUUUACCACCACCACCAGUGUCUAGUGAGGUGUUCUCCCCUGUCUUGACCUUGGAAACUGGGGAUUUAGUCCCAUGUACAGUUAGCAGAGACCCAGAAUCGGAUAUAAAGAAGCAGCCAACUGUUGAUGUGGUAAAGGAUGAGGUAAGCAUUUUUCUGAAACUUACAACAAAAGGCCUCUAUUGAUAAUAAAUUACCUAACUCUCGAAUUCCCUAAGAGUCAGUUCUGGAGAUGUGUUAAAACGUAAUUAAUUCACUUAUAAAAGCGGGAGAUACCACAAGAGACUGGGGAGAAGGGAUUUUUUUUUGUCUCUGGCUCUUAUAUUUUGGAUCCUCUACAAAUAAUCGGCAAUAGCCGACUUUUUUUCACUUUCAUCCCUAUUGAACAACAUUUGUAAUAAGAAACAUACCUGUUGGAGAUUGCAUUGAUGGUAAUACAUGAAGCUGCUGAUAGCUAGCUUUUUUCCCCCCUAACCAUUAUGUGAGGUUGUUCUCCAGCUAUUGAUCCUUGUAGAAAACACUGACCACGUUUGUGUGGUAGUAGUCAAUUUUUCUCACCUAUUUUGUUUUUUCUUCGCUGAUACUUUAAUGACCAACCUGAGAGUGGGACAAAAAUUGGUCAGAAUUAAAUUGAAGCUUUUGCUUGUAGAGGCUAUUGUAGAUAGUACUUUGCAUUUGGAAUGUAAAUUGUUCUUGUUCGUGGCCUGCCAGUUUCUUGGUACAAGGGUUGGCAGGACUUAUGACUCGAAUCUGUUUCUUUGAUAGAUUGUGGAAGUCAGGCCUCUUCUUAGCCGUUCCUGCAAUGAGUUACAUCCAGACAUGGACGUUUAUUUCAAUCUUCUGAAGUGCCUGUUGGGUAAAGUCAGACCUGAGUCCACUAAUGAGGAAGCAUUGGGGAGCUGCACAGUGUCGUCAUCUUCCUUUGACAGAUGUGAUUAUCAUAAUAGCGUUCAUGUAAAUUGGAAUGAGUCGACCGCAUCUUCUCAAAAAUCCUUGUCUGCAAGCCCCGCCACAUCUGCAGACGUUUCUUUCACACGAAAGAAUUCAUCACCUGAGAGCCUGUUAUCUGCAGGCAGACUGGAAGAAGGCAGUCCUGAUCGCGACUUAAAGAAUGCAAAGCUGUUAAAAGAUAUACAAUCGACCACCACAGGAGUGAAAAAAGAAGAAAGGUCCAGUCUCAUUAAUGAUCACCGAGGAGGUGCUUCACACGAUACUCAUACAAGUGUCACUGAGUUUGUUGCUGUGAAUAACAGCAAUCUACCAUUGAGCAAGUGGAAUAAACAGUGGCUAGUGAACCAAAACCAGGGGCAAUGCAAUUCAGCUAAACCUUAUCAAAGUAUU